GCUUGGUGAUGACGUAAGAGCUAACGUUCCCGGUAAAUGUCUGAGUUGUUAAAACCAAAGACGAGAUUUACUCCAUGUAACAAACCGUCGGACGGACACGGUGAAGCUGUAGGGAUGCACACGUCAGUGCGUGAAGUCCACAUCUCGUCUGACCCUGACUCCUCCUACUUCCUGCGGGUGGUCCGGAAGGGGCGGAGCUUAGGGUCCGGCUUCCAGUUGCUGCUUACUGAUGGACAGGAUGCUUGGAGAGGAGACGUGAGUGAGGCAGCAGUGUGUGGUGAGGCAGAGGAGCUGGAGAUGCAGGUGGAGAGGUACAUCCAGGACCUCCAGCAGGCGCUGACCGGCACGGAAAGCUCCAUCACUUACAGCUUCAGCCUAACGCCGUCUCCACCCAACCACAGCUCCACCGUCACGCUGGCGUACGAGAAGGUUCAGAAAGACAUCUCUUUCAGGCUGGGUUCUGUUUUGCUGAAGGCCGUCCCAGAGCCGGCGGAGGCAGUGAGACAGUUACUGAUCCACAAUCUGCAGACGGGAAGAAAACUGGAGCUCCACAACCAGAACCUGGAGGAGGAGAACCAAAGACUGAGACGAGAGCAGCAACGCAUCACUGCAGCUCUGAAGCGAUAUGCGGGUGGUAAAGAAACCCUGGAGGCAGAGCUGUACUCUCGGUUCGUCCUGGUCUUGAAUGAGAAGAAAGCCAAGAUCCGCAGUCUCCAAGAAACUGUGACACACCUACAGGAGACGAGACAGAAAAAGGAGGACUUGGUAAAAUCAGACCAAAGUGCAGGUCAGGAGGGGGAUGAGUAUGGAGGAAGUACUGAUGAAGAGCCCGAGGAAGUGCAGCCGACUCCAGCGUCCACCUUAUUGUCUCGAGAGUCCUCCGCUGCGAGCCCAUUGGACGACAGCCUGAAGGACAUCACAGACGUGGCCCCUUGUCGCAAGCGGCGCUUUCGUCACGUCGAGGCCGCGGACCCUGCGCAGAGCUCCCACAGAAAGAGGACCGACCCCCCUGCUGGAUCCAGUAAGCAGCAGCCUUCCCAGCGCUCUACAGAUGCUGCAGCAGCGAGUUCAGCAGCUGAGGACCUGUUUGAUGACUUUUGACCCUUCACCUCCAGACUGGUUGAACAUCAAAAUGAUUACAACACUAAUUUUUAUUGAUAUUGAUCAUAUUUUUAUACUGAAUGUAUGUAUUAUGAGUCAUGGAUUGCAGUUAAGUUAUUUAUCAGAACUGUUCCUGUAGCAGACAGAUGGGUGACAAAUGAUGCGAAAACCAAACAUCAAGUGUCUUCUUGAGUCGAGCCUUCAGAUCAGCUCAGUUCUCCUUGAUGUAGGUUCUCUAAGUCUAUGGAACUCUGGUGGAGGGAUCAAAAUCAUUGGUGGUGUUCCCAUAGGUGUUCAACCACCAAAAGGAUCCUUAAAAUCAUGAGAACCACUGAAAGGUACUCCAAAACCUCUGUGAGGAUUGCUAGAACCCCUUCAAACACCCUAAAUGAUUGUUAGAAGCACUGUAAGGAACCCUGGAUCUUACUAAAUGAUCUUUAAAGAUCCGAAAUGAUUGCAGCAACCACCUAAACGAACCCCAGAACCUCCUGGAUGAUUUCUGCAACCACUUGAAGAUCCUAAAUGAUCACUGCAAUCAGCUAACGGAACCCCUGAACUGCCGAAAUGAUCGUUAGAAGCAACUAAAGCUUCAUAAAUGACUGCAAGAACCAUUUAAAGGAACCCCAGAACCUCCUGUGACCUGGUGGCUGUGAAGGCCACAGUGAGUCGUGAUGUUCUGUAUGAAAGAAUCUGCUCUCAUCUCUCCAGGUGUCUCCUUUCAUUCGUCACCUGUCUGUAGGCCUGCACAGUAAGAAUGAAUUUUAAACACUGGGAAGAAUUAACGUGCUUCAUGAAUUGUGAUUUUUAAAUAUUUUACCAACGUGUCAUUUUAAUAUUUGUACCAAUAAACAGUGCGUUGUUAUUUGUCA